CUUUUUGUUGUCAAGUCACGUGAUUUCCCAGAAAAGCCACACAAGCAUUUACCUGACGUGGCCACAAGGGGCGCUCUCUAGUGAGUCCAGUAGAAGACUUCUUGUCAGUUGACUGCUGCCACUUUUCUGUGCAGAAUAGCGUUUCGUUUUCUCUCCUCACUGUGACGUCACAGAAUGCUGACUCCUCAUUGGCUCAGGUGGAGUAUUAUAAAAAGAGCCUCGACAGUUCCUGGUUCAUUUUUCCUGUUUGCGAGUCAAGCGAGUGUUCGUCACUUUUGUCUUUCUCUGCGGGAUUAAAAGUGGCAAACAUCUUUUUGUUUCGCGCUGACAUCAUGAACUUGUUUUUAUUCUUUCUUCUGGUCGUGCAAAUGCACAGUGUGACGUCUGUGAUUCACACGCUGCAGUAUUUCUACACUGCGUCCUCUCAAGUUCCAAACUUCCCAGAGUAUGUGAGUGUUGGUUAUGUUGAUGGAGUUCAGAUUGAUCACUAUGACAGCAACAGCAGGAAAGCAGAAGCCAAACAGGACUGGAUGAACAAAAUCACAGCAGAGGAUCCAAAAUACUGGCAGAGACAAACAGAGAUCAAUGUUGUUAAUGAGUUGACUGACAAACACGGCCUUGAAGUUCUUAAGAAGCGUUUCAACCAAACUGGAGGUGUUCACAUUCUCCAGUGGAUGUAUGGAUGUGAAUGGAAUGAUGAGACUGAUGAAGUUAAAGGUUGGCAACAGCAAGGUUAUGAUGGAGAAGAUUACAUAUCGUUGGACAUGAAGACAUGGACAUUUACUGCAGCAAAACAACAAGCUUUCCCCGACAAACUCAAGAGGGACCAGGACAAACAUCUACUAGAAUACAAUAAGUUUUACUACACUGAGGAAUGUCCUUCUUACUUGAAGAAGUAUGUGAACAAUGGGAAGGAGGUCCUAAUGAGAACAGAGCUUCCAGAGGUGUUCCUGCUCCAGAAGACGCCGUCCUCUCCGGUCAGCUGCAUGGCGACAGGUUUCUACCCCGACGGUGCCGACCUGUUUUGGAGGAAAGACGGCGAGCAGAUCUUCGAGGACGUGGAGCACGGAGAGAUACUCCCCAACCACGACGGAACCUUCCAGAUGUCGGUGGCGCUGAAAGUGGAGGUGACGGCCGACGUGGAGGGCAAGUACGAAUGUGUGUUUCAGCUGUCAGGCGUCAAGGAGGACUUGGUCACCAAGCUGGAGAGAAGAAGCAUCCUGAGCAACGCAAGCCAUGAAGACAACUUGAGCGUCGCCCUCGCUGCCACGGCGGCGGUCCUCGCUGUGGCGGCCAUCAUCAUCAUCAUCAUCAUCAUGGUCAGGCGUCACAGAAACAGACAAGCUCGCCACGGCGGCGUGGAGCUCGACGAGAACGUGCAGGCGGCUGAAGGCUGAGUAAGCUCACAUGGACUGUCUGCACCUCCAAAUGUUCUUGUGUGAAGAUGAUGUUCAACUUGGAUUCACCUGCUUCUGUCGGGAAUGUGCUGAGUGGUCUUCUUCCUCCAGGAUGCUUUGUGCACUGGAACACAGGGAGAUGUCUCCAUCGCUGAGGGACGUCAUCACACUCGGAGAUGAGAUGGAGAUGUGCUUUGUUCUUCGUCCGACUGCUCCUCACGCUAUUCCAUGUAUUCUUCUUUGGCCGUUAAAAGACUUUCAAGAUCAAACGUUGGUGGCUGUAAAAUCGCACGUUUCAUGGCCUUGACGUCAUGACGAGGAUUUCUUCUUUUCUUUCAAUGGCCGCUGCUUAUGAUCAAUAUCACAUUGUGUCACAUCUCUGUCAAUAAAUCCGUUUUUUCUCCA